UAGAGUAACAAGAACACGUUUUUCAUCCGCGGGAAGAUAGGUUAUAAUAUUAAGUAUUGCAAUGUCAAUCUCAUUAUUUCCUCGUAAGUUGUUAUCGGCACUCCAAAGAAUGUCGACUGACAUACCAACUAUUGAGCGGCUAUUUUCUAGAAGUGUGGUAUCUAAUGAAAAUACAACAGAAUACAAGGAUGCUAUCACGCUGCUCAACUGCCUGCAGUCAAAUGUUAUCAACCUCAAAGAGUGUACUAGGAAAGUUGAAACAGGAAUUCCGAAACAAAGCCAAGAGGAGUGCAAAGUGUUUUUAAAAAGGACGGGCAUAGAAGUUGAAACGCUUGAGAGCUCACUGAGCGUCAUCCACGUCUCGGGAACGAAGGGAAAGGGGUCGACGUGCGCCUACUGCGAAUCGGUCCUGCGCAGUCACGGCUACAGAACCGGCUUCUUUUCGUCGCCCCACCUUGUCGCCGUUCGCGAGCGAAUUCGCAUCAACGGACUGCCCGUCUCUGAGGAGGCGUUUGUCGCUCACUUCUGGAACGUCUAUCGGCGGCUGGAGGCUAAUAAAGAUGAGUACGAUGGAUCAAUGCCUUUCUACUUCAGUUUUCUAACAGUUAUGGCGAUUCACGUGUUUCUGGCAGAGCAGGUAGAUGUCGCUGUCAUCGAGGUUGGAAUAGGCGGCGAAAAUGAUUGCACAAAUAUUUUCAGUAAUACACCGAUUGUUGGCAUCACCUCGCUAGGCCUUGACCACACCAAACUGCUGGGGGACCGCAUCGAGCAGAUAGCCUGGCAGAAGGCGGGGAUCAUCAAGCCAAGGUCAACCGUGAUUGUAGCCAGAGGUCAGCCACCCUCCGCCCUACACGUGCUCAAGGAGAGGUCACGAGACAACAAUUGCACUCUGAUUGAAGCUCCGCCAAUAGACGAUUACAAGCUUGAAAACUACACGAAUAGUGCCGAAAUAAUCAAGAAAUCGUUUGAUUCAAGUGUGAUACAAGAGCUGAAUGUAUCAUUAGCAUUACAACUAUCGUACGCUUGGAUGGCCAAGUGUAAAAACAGAGGUAACCUGAACAUGAUUGGUAAAGGGCUAACAAUAUGUGAGCGCACAUUGGAUGGCAUCAACAAGUGCUAUUGGCCGGGAAGACAGCAAAUACUGGAGUCGAACGACAGUCCACUGACCUACUACAUAGAUGGAGCCCACACCAAAGAAAGCAUGCAUGAGUGUGUAUCUUGGUUCAACGGUAAAACUAAAACUAAAGAAUCAGUGAAAGUAUUAUUGUUCAACGUUACCAGUAAUAGAGACUCCUACGCGCUGUUGUCUCUGCUCGAUUGCUGUCGAUUCGAUACAAUCCUCUUCUCAACGAAUAUUGCCAAUCAAAAUAACUAUGACAUCACAUCAGACCAGGCCAACCUAAUGACAUCAGUCUCAAGCCAACUAGACCGGUGUCGCGAGCACUUGAAGAUCUGGCAAGAGCUGACCGAAUCACGAACCACGAAACGGGAGCCUCAGACAGUCUCAAGUUUCCCCACCGUACGUGACGCGCUAGAUUAUCUGGAAAAUUUGAGCAGCGCCGCGGAAAAACGGGAGUUUUCCGUAUUAGUAACUGGAUCCCUGCAUCUGGUUGGCGCGUUUUUCAGUGCUGUUGAUCCGGACUUGACGUUCAUGAAAGGAAAAAUUAGCUAGCAAUAUAAUUUUUGAUAGUUUUUUAUUAAUUUUAGGACAGUUUACAUCACCACAUUGUUGUAUUUGAACAUGUUACAACACGUUCUGGGUGCAAACAUGACGAGAACGCUUCAAGAUUGAGAGUGGUGAAUGUAAUGCAUGUAUUUAAAUGGUGGCGCGCAUAGAGUAAGUACUCCACCGUUUAAUUAAAUGCAGCAUUUUUAAGCUUAAAGCUACCCUUGUCGCUCCACCAUGCUCCCACUCUUACCAACAAUUCUAUCAGCUGUUUCCAUGUUUUAUUGUAACAUUCACCUUAAACUGUCUGCAUCCCCUAUAAAUAACACUAUGGCUGGUCACACACCGAUUAGUC